AUGAAUACUCCACCGAUAGAGAAGGACAAUCCAUCUCCUUCAAAACCACCACCUCCAGCAGCAGCAUCAGCAUCAGCACCAUCUGCACCACCACCCACUUCUUCACAGUCAUCUGUUGGAAAGAAUAUACCUUUGACUCCGAAACCUCCCAUUAAGGCAGUACAACUGAACCAACCAAGUGGAUCAGGUAUCAACACUCAUAAUAAAGUAUUAUCUGCAAAUGCCAAGCCACAACAAAAUCCUCUGCCACAUCCAAAUCAGCCAUUAAAACAAGGAACACCUCUUAAACUACAACCACACAAUAAAUCAUCAGCACUACAUCCCCAAGGAAAUAAUAAACAACCUUUACAUUCUAUAAAACCACGUUCCACAAUGCAUCCAAUUGCACCCAAGUAUCACAAAAUCCAACCAGCUAUUGCUCCCAAACCAAUAUCGAGUGCAAACAACAAAAACUCACAAUCUCAGCCAAGUAAAUUCAAUCCUAUCCCUACGGGUAAAUUAUCCUUACUGAUUAAUCUGCUGACGUUGGCAAAAAAUGGAACUGGGAAUAAAAAUGAUUGUAGUUCGUUGAAUACCUCACGUAAAUGGGUAUUGCCUCCACGUCCAAGACCAGGUAGAAAACCAACUCAUGAAAAUGGAGCAAAUCCUGAACACGAUAAAAAAUCUAAAAGUAAUGGUACAUCAGUAACGAAAAAGAAACCCAAAUGUAAAAAAGACUCAAGUUCAAUUACUCCUGAUUUAUUGUCAACUCCUAGCCCGUCUACAACAACAACAACAACGACUGCCACGACGACGCCAUCAUCUAAAUCGUUAUCAUCAACACCAUCAACAAGUAAGAAAUCAUCAUUAUCAGCUACUCCGACUAUUCCAGAGAGUAGCGGCAGUAUUCCUAAUGAACCGAUAGUUCCAGAGAUACCCAUUCCAACAAUUGAUGUGGACCCUAAAACUCAAUUAUUAGAGAUGAAAAUGUCAUAUUUAUCCAAAUUAAAAGAACAAGAACUUAUUAGAAAUUAUGUUGAAAUAUUGACAAAUCAAAUUAAAGAAUUAAGUUUUAUUCAGAAUGGUGUAAUUACAUUUGAUGCAUUGAAGAGUAAUAUCAAGUAUAAUAAUAAAACUCCUUCAACUUUAACUACAUCAAGUACGACAAAUGCUACUAAUGCAAAGUAUGAUCAAUUGGAAGCUAUAAAUAAUUUGAAUGAUUUGAAUAAAUAUUUGAAUUAUUUGACAAAAUCGUCGAAUAUCAUCAAUAGUGUUAAGAAAAAGAAGAAUGUACUUGAAGGUGCUGACAGUGAUUCAAUUGAUAAUCAAAUUGAUCAUUAUUUGGAAAUUAGAAAUAAAUUCAAAUCUGUUAAGAGAAUGGAUGUUUUAAAUUUCAAGAAUUUCAAUCAAUUGGGUAUACCAGUACAAGCAAAUAUUCCAUCACCACCAAUUGAUAAUGGCCCUUCUAAUGAUGAAAUAUUUAAGAAUAAUGAUAUUACAAGUAUAUUUUCUGGUACUACUUUCCAUGAUGAUAUGAAUUCGGAUGCUGAGAAAUUUGUUCCUGAUUUAUUAAAACCUAUAAAGGCAUCGAAUUUAUUUCAAGAUCUUCAAAGUCAACAACAACGUCAACGACAAGCAUCACAAGUUUCCGCACAGCUACAAUUGCAACCACCUCAAGAAACUGAUUUACAAUUGCAAACUGAAACGAUUGAAGAAUCAAUAUCAAGUGCAAGUUUACUUUCAAAUACUUCAAUGCCUCCAACAAGUACAAAUAGUAAUUUGGGAGGUAGUGAUAGUUUAAACAAAUUUUUAGAUGAUGAUUAUGAUAAUAUUGAUGGAUUUUUCAUGGAUGAACAUGAUUUUUUGAAUCGAUUAGUUUUAAAUGAUAAUGUAAAUAUGGAUCAAGUUCAAGAUCAAGAAGUUUAUGGUGCUGUUGAAAUUCAUGGAUCUCCCUCAUUGAAUAACAACAAUAUAAACACUACAACAUCCAUUUCUAAUGGUAAUAAUGAUAACAAUAAUGAAAAGAAAAAUGGUAAUGAUAUGAUGAUUAAGAAGAAAAAAUUAAAAUUAAAUUGUGGAUUUUGUACUGGUGAUACUCCAUGUUUAUGUUUUGAUACGCUAGUGGCCGACAAAUAG